AUGUUUUCUAGACUCUCGAUCAACUCACAUGAUUCUAGCGAUCAACCUUCACCCUUGACGUCCUCAUCGUCGACCUCGUCUCUACUCGAAGGCGCGCAUCUAUCAUUAGACACUGCAGUUGAUCUAUCUGAGGCUCCCGAUUAUGCGAUUUCAUGUGUCAAUGGUUUAUCUUCCGCUGGAUUGUUUGAGGACGCGGCAGUCAUUUCCCAAGGAUAUUUGCACGAGAAACCAAACAAUGCACUGCUUUUGAAGCACUUGGCUAAAGGUUUGUUUGAAACAGAACAUUACAGUGAGGCCAGCCAAAUAUACCAGCGUUUAGAGGCAAUGCAAGGUUUGGCAGACGACGAGCAGAAAAAGCUUUGGACCAUCAAAGCACUUCUUAACGAUGAUCGACCUGGAACAGCGCUUGAUGUAUUCCUCAGCACUCCUUCACUAGAGGAAUCUGCCAAGGGGCUUUACUUUAAAAGUCGUGCCUUGCGAAAACUGAAACAACCUGCAGCAGCAAGAGUCGCCGCUGAAAGGAUGAUUGAAACAGCGGGUGAAAAUAUAGUUGAUGAUUAUUGGGUUGAGUAUGGGUUGGUGUUAUAUGAUCUUCAGGACUUUGCAGGGUCCUUGCAAUAUUUGCGUCAGGGUGCAACGGAAGAUGUUAUUGAAUCGGCCCUGGGAUUGGCAGGUCAAGUGGAGGAAGCGGAAGAUAUGUUUAAUUCACGGCAUAAAUUGAGUUUGUGUCACCGCCGUGAAAUCACUAAUGGUCCAGCCACCGAUUGGGAAGAAUUUAGGGGGAGGGCAAAUUGGAUGAAGACACUUCCUGAACUACGUGCCCUAGUACGAGUCUCCUUUCGAAACUCCCUUCCAGAACCUGAGGACUUGGCCGGCUGUUUGUGUAUAUUAGGCACAAGACACCGAGAAGUUGGCGCUCACGAAGCAGCAUCCGCGUGUUUUGAACAUGCACUCAGAAUUAGUCAUACAUCUGCAUUUGUGUUAUCCAUGGCAGCUACGAACCUGGCUGCCAAUGUGCCUCAAAAUGAAACUGAUGAAGCUCGCUUUGCACGCCUCCAAAAAGCGGAUGAACUAUGGGAGCAAUUAUUGCAAAUUGGGCCAUAUACCGACGGCACCUUUGAAGUUCCACAUGCCGAAAUUUACCAUCGACGCGCAGAGCUAUGGAAAUGUAUCAAAACGCCGCUCUACGAGAAGUACUUGUUCAAGUAUGCGGAAAUUGUCAAGUCGCCCGAAGAACUUAUCUCGGUGGCAAAAGUUUUAAGGUCGAACCAGAAAACCGACGGAAUCAAUACGAUCGCAUAUAAAGAACGUGCCGAAAGAGUCGAUCAGUUGUAUUACGAAGCGCUACACUCUCCAGAAUACUCACCUACUCAUGCCCCCCAGAAAGCAGCCCAAGUAUAUGGAUGGCGUGUCGAUAACCUUGCCUAUGGUGAUAUUGAUCCGGAACGACAAGAACGAUUUCUCCGUCAGAAGAUGGAGCUUGACAGCAAUCCUGACCGCCUCUUAAACUUCAUUGGUAAAGCAGGCGGUCGUGACCACGAGGUACUUCAACUACUUGAAAGCGCCGAACGCAAAUUUGGUGGGAAAUACGUCGCACUGGUCAAGGAUCAAAGAAAAUACCUCAAGAGUGUCGAGAAGAGGAAAAAAACCACUGCGAAGAAAUUACCUGACGAUGCUCAUAAGUAUGAUCCGGUUCAGAGAAAUAUUAAACAAACAAGAGUGGCCGCAGGGUGGCAGGCAUGGAAGGCACAAAAGUAG